AUGCACACAAGUACACUUCCUAGUGGUCUUUGGGACUUGACUAUGGCUCGGUUGGCCACUAGAACCCAUACGUUUCGCCUGGGAAGGCUUGGCUCCGUCCACUCCGCACGGCAUUAUGCCCAGCCAGCCUUUGCUCAGUCAAGUUCACCGUCAGUCUCCCAACCACCACUGCCGAUACAUCCUGCGGAAGCAGGAAUCCAAGGGCGCUCGCUUAGAAGGCGAAGGACAAAUGCUGGAGCUCUAACGCCAAGGACUGGGCGACCUGUUGCCAGCGCAUUGGCGGAGCUAGAACAGAGGAUUAUCGCGUUGAAAGAAGUGGCAGACUCAGAGGUACGAGCCGCUGAAGAGCCAAUUUACUCGGAAGAUGCGCUUUUGGCCUUGUAUGAAGACUUACUCGCCAACUCUGAGCCUUCAGCGCCAUUACCAGAACUACAAGCUCCCAAGGAAUCGACGCGUGCCAUAGUCGCGAGACUGGAAGAACAGCUCAUGCUGCCUGUGACCACCACCAUUGCAUCUCGACAUUCAGCGCUCUUAGAAAGGCUAGCCGAGAGAGGGUCACCAGCAUUAGAAGCCUUUAAGAUAGACCCAGGAAUGGAGCUACAUCGACGCGUUCUACAACUGGCAGAUGCCAAGCUGCAACUGCUUGGUGUCCUACCCUCCUCUUCUACGACUGUGGCGAUUCCACUGUUCACGACGGACGAAUACAGUGCACUAACACGGCUCUGUAUUCAAGAAGGCGACGUUGAUGCGGCAGAGCAAACGUUGGAGUUGAUGAAACGAAGUGGCGUUCCCAUUCCGGAGGACUCUCUGUCUCUAAUCCUACGGCAAUACUCUGAUAUCGGUAAUGCGACUGGAGCCGAUUACUGCCUGGCCAAUUUUCUCACAGGCCCACCAACGGAAUCUCAAAGACAUCUCCACAUAUCAGCGCACCUGAGAGCAAAUCCGCGAGGCCGAAUUCCUGAAUCAGCUCUGACCAUCCUCCACUCUUACGAAACCCAAUCUCAUCCCGCCCCAAUGCAGACCUACAGUAGCAUCAUUUCGGCCCUUUAUGCCACCAACUUGUCUCUGGCCCGUGCUCAGGCGUGGGAUAUUUUUUCUCAUAUGCGCUAUGUCGCCCAUCCAGUGCCAGAUGCAGUGCUUUACACCCAGAUGAUUCGGGCAUGUGCUUCGCCGAUUGGCAACUCCCGUAGCUCUGAACCCGAACGUGCUCUCGAUCUUUGGACCGAAAUGACUGUCGAGCAAAAGUUGAAGCCGAGCGUGGGGUCAUAUAAUGCCAUCAUCUUGGCUUGUGCUCGUUCUGGAGUCAAGAUAUACGUUGAUGAAGCAUUCCGGAUAGCCAAACAAAUGUUGGACUCUAAUCGUGAUGCAUUCGGCCGCUCGCAGUAUCUACCUGAUCGGGGAACUAUCAUUGCCUUACUUGAAGGUGCGAAACGCAUUGGAGAUCUUUCCCGGACACGGUGGAUCCUUGCCGAUAUGGUUCGCGGCGACAACACAAAUCCCAGUGAAGCUGUCAACGAAGAAGUUAUGAUGCACGUCUUUCAAACAUAUGCUGCCUACAUCCCUCCUUUCACGCGUUAUCUCGCACAGUUAAAGGUUGUGCAAGGAAAAUCCACUGCGGAUGUGACUGGCGUACCUACAGCGACCAAGUCUGAUAGCGAAAAUGCAAAUGUCAAGUCUGACCCAACAGCUCGCUUCACUCACAUACCGCCCCAGACAGGUCAAGAGGUGUUGCAAGAAGUGGAUGCCCUUUUUGCUCGCCUUAUGAGCGACACAGGCAAGGAUGAAAGCGAGCCGGCUUCCUCUCGUGGUAAAUUCAGUCACGUUCAAUGGACACCACGCCUGGUCAGUUCGUAUCUCUCUGUGCAUUACCAACAUGCAAGUAUCGGAGAAGUCGACAGACUAUUUUGGAGCACAUUCAAAGCGGUGGGGGUCAAGCCUGAUGCGAGGUGUUAUGUGGAAGCGAUUGAAGCUUGCGCCGGAGGGAAAACCCCUCGUCAGCACCGACUGGAUGGACUCCGAUUUGCUGAAAGGCUUUGGGAGCAAUACCACGGUCUCGAGAUGGGUCGCAAAGCAAGUGGAACACCCAUUGAUGCACGACUCGUUGAACGAGCACAUGGUGGUUUCAUUCGUGCUCUCGCUUUGAAUCACCAGCUUCCGCUUGCCCUCAGCCAACUGAGGAUUUUCUUCAAUAGAUACCCGCCACGUGAUCUACGCAAGCCAAGUGCCUUGCAGGCAUUCCGCUCAACUCGAACUGUCCUGGUUGGCCCUAAGCCAUUGGUCCGUCUCACAACGCCGAGCGAAGUUCCUGACGAUGAUGUCCCUCCUUUUCUUCUGUUUGACGACGUUGAACUGCUGCACCAUCGCCUGGUCGCCAAGAUACCUCAACCACAAAAGGAGAUUGGAUGGCUCAAGUAUGUGUGCAAGUCCUAUGAGUGGGCCCUACGGCGGAGGAGAGAUUCUGCAUUGCAAGCAGAGCUGCCAAAACCAGAGAAGAAUUCGAAGGCUGUUACUCAAUUAGAUUGA